AUGGCGAGCCCGCGUCGCUCGCCACUCAUACUUCACGCAUCUGACAUUUCGCGUCUGCAUACAACGCUUGCUUUCCUCGCGUUCGGCUCAGCACUCGUCAUUGGUACUCUUCUUCAUUACCAGAAAAUCGUGAAGAAUGGUGUCGCUGGAUAUCCUGAAGAAUGGUUUCCGUCGGUUUCUGCAACAAUUGGCGACUGGUAUCCAGAACGUAGCAUAUUCCACAUUCUCAUCGCGUUGAACUCUGGACCGCGAUUUGCAAUGGUUGCAUUGCAGUAUUUCCUCUUAAAGUCAUACCAAUCAUCCAUGCCAUUGGUCCUCCUUGUAACUGGUAUCAUACGCACUUUAGCCUGUGGCGGCUGGGUAUACAUUACCUCGUCGGAUGAUCAUGAUGCGCAUGACGUGCUUAUGAUAACUUAUAUGCUGUGCAAUAUUCCAUGGAUGCUUGGUGGAAUAGCUUGUACUCCCAAGCAAACGCGGCAGAGGCGAAGGCGGUUCUUUUUGUCAAUAAUACCCAUGAUUUAUUUCUUCAUCGAACAUAAGGUUCACAGAGUACCGGGAGGUAAGAGUUGCAAUACGGCAUUCUCAUUCGUAUCGGAUCUAUACCUCGCAUAUUUAUUCUGGACUAUUUUUACUUCAUUGAUACCAACUCUUUUCUACUUCUCCAUAUGGGAACUUGGCAUUGCGGGCGCCGAACUCGCACUGCUAUCCAUUCUGUCGCCAGGUCUUCUCGGCAUACAGUCCUUCAGGACCUGGGCGGGGACGAAGUCUGGCCGUUUGACGCUACACGUGCUGGCUUUGACUGGCCUAGUCGCAUACAAGUUGCCAACGCCUGCUCAGCGACUCCUAUUCGUCACGUUUGCGAACUUCUUUCUAUGCAUUGGUGCUUCUGUCGACUGGUCUGAACCGUCGACUGCCGGUUCGCAAUCUAUACGUACGUCUCGAGGGCUCGGACUCAUUCUGUCGUCUCUCUCGAAGCACGCAAAUCACUCCAAUAACCCCUUAUGGCCAUUGCUUGACGAACACACGGGAGGAUACAACAAAACAGGGAUCUUCCUUGCUGUGCUCGCUAUAUUCGAGUUGGCAUUGCGGGAUGGACAUUGGAAGACUUCCGCAAACUCCGCACUCAGGGCAGAAGCUCUCGAUGGUCCCCGUUCUAACUCUAACGUUCCUCUUAAGGCAUGGUUGCCAAGUUCCUUGGCUCUGGGAAGUUUGAUAUUCAGUCUCCACUGUUUCCUAUCGGACCCCAGUACACUGAUCGCAUGGACAUGGACCGGUUACCCUAUUCAAGGACCGGUUCCACAUCUUCAUGGUCUCCUAACUCUCAUCGUUCAAUCAGCCGGCAUGCUUCUACCUAUACUUGGAAGUCCGGUUACGUCUGUUCUUGCCAGUCCCCUGUGGUUCCUUGUCGGGGCCGUGUCUUCGUUUGUACUUUAUAGUUACAAUGACUGGGCCGGUUAUUUCGGAGGGUUAGGUGUUGCUGUCUUCUUUAUGUCGAUUAUACCGCAGACUUUGCAACAAGCUGCUAUGUCGCCUUUCGUCGGACGGACGUAUUUUACUGCAUUUUUCGUUGCUGUCGUUUUUUACUUGGCGAGCGUUUGGACCGUGGCCUACGCCUUCGUUCCUGGAGGCGAAGUGUUGAGGGAAAGGACCGAUCUUGUUCUUUUAGCGCAGAUUCUGUGCUUAGCUCCUGUUUUCAAAUGGCCAGGGAGCAGAAACUUUGGCCAUGCAUCACUGGAAGUUUCGCCUCGUUUUAAACUAUAUACUUUCAAUGCACUCUGUGUCAUGGCUGCUGUGUCUGGUCUGGUUACGAGUUAUAGGAUGCCAGUGAAUCCGCCUCAGCCACACCGCCCGGGGCAUCGUAUGGUGCGAGCUGGUAUCUGGACUGUGCAUUUUGGGUUGGAUAAUGAGGGAAGGGACAGUCAGCGGCUGAUGAGGGACCUCGUUCGAGACAUGGAGUUAGAUAUUCUUGGGCUUCUUGAAACAGACUUACACCGUCAUGUCUAUGGGAACCGCGACCUGACUCGUGUAAUGGCUGAGGAUCAUGGGUUUUACGUCGACCUAGGUCCCGGACCUGAUAAACAUACGUGGGGCGCUAUACUCCUUUCCAAGUUUCCGAUCAUAAAUUCUACACAUCACCUCCUCCCUUCUCCGCACGGCGAGUUAGCGCCUGCUAUAUCUGCUUUCCUGGAUAUCUAUGGGACUGAGGUCCUAGUUGUAAUUGCUCAUAAUGGACAAGAACAGGAUCCACUGGAUAGAGAACUACAGUCAACGGAGUUGGCGAGGAUUAUGCGCUCUGCUUAUCCAGCGCCUGCCAUAUUCUUGGGUUAUGUCGUGACAAAACCUCAUGCUGAUCGACCGUCUCCAUAUAAGAUUAUGGUAGAAGAUGGUCUAAUGCAUGAUAUCGACGCCGACGAUCAUGAUCGAUGGUGUGAAUACAUCCUAUAUCGCGGCCUGUACCGAACCUCCUACUUGCGCAUGUCUCGUGGAAAAGUCACCGAUACUGAGUUGCAAGUUGGGCAAUUUGUCGUACCUCGGUUCGGACAUUCUAUCACAGACGAGUCAGAGAGCGCAAGAUAUUUGCGUGUACAUAAGGAGAUACUCGAACAGCAACACUGGUUCCCAAUGGAAUACUACGGCGACGAAGGCCGUGGAGGGAAGAAUGGGCAUUACUACCAUGUAUUUGGCACGCCGCUGUAUUACAACCUUCCGGAAGGCGCUGUUUUGUAA